AUGUUCUUUCUGUGCUGCAUCACUGUUGCCCUUGCAGCUUGUUGUGUACAAGCGCAGAAUCCCACUUGUCCCGGUUACACUGCUUCUGAUGUGGUCACUACUGAUUCUGGGCUCACUGCACAGCUGACUUUGGCCGGACCUGCUUGUAAUUCCUAUGGAAUUGAUCUGGAGAACCUGACUCUACUUGUCGAAUACCAAACAGAUAAACGUCUCCACGUCAAAAUAUCAGACGUCAACAACACGGUCUACCAGGUACCAGAGUCGGUGUUCCCACGCCCGAAUGGCACAGUUUCUUCUGCAUCAGCUUCACAGCUUCGAUUCGACUACACGGAGUCCCCCUUCAGCUUCACUGUCACUCGACAAGAUGGGCAAACUGUCUUUGACACGUCUGGGUCGCCGCUUAUCUUCCAAAGUCAAUAUCUCAAUCUCAGGACAGCCCUUCCGCCAAACCCUUAUCUCUACGGGCUCGGGGAGCACUCCGAUCCCCAUAGACUGAACACUACAAACUACACGCGGACGAUCUGGAACAGAGACAGCUACGGCAUCCCAUAUGGAGAAAAUCUGUAUGGCGCCCACCCGGUCUACUAUGAGUCCCGCGCAGAGAACGGUACUCACGGUGUGUUCCUCCUCAACUCCAACGCUAUAGAAGUCAAAAUCAACAACACCGAGCAAGAUGGACAAUACCUCGAGUACAAUGUCUUGGGUGGGGUGUUUGACUUUUACUUCUUCGAUGGGCCGACCCCUGUCGAGGCGAGUCAGCAAUACUCCCAGAUUGUUGGGCUACCGGUCAUGAUGCCGUAUUGGGGCUUUGGUUUCCAUCAAUGCAGAUAUGGCUAUCGUGACGUCUAUCGGGUGGCUGAAGUGGCCAUUAACUAUACGCGAGCAGGGAUUCCACUAGAGGUUCUAUGGACUGACAUAGAUUACAUGAAGGAUCGAUGGAUAUUCACGCUUGAUCCAGAGAACUAUCCACUUCCUAGAGUUCGUGAGCUUGUCGACUACUUGCAUGCUCACCAACAACACUAUAUUGUCAUGGUUGACCCAGCUAUCGCAAUCGCCGACAAUUAUAGUACCUAUUCGACUUCCAUUGAGCAGGACAUUGUGGUGCACUACGAGAAUGGAACAGUCUUCCGUGGAGUUGUAUGGCCCGGGCCAACCGUGUUCCCAGAUUGGUUCAAUCCUGAAACUCAACAAUUCUGGAACAACGAGUUCACGUCAUUCUUCAGCGCUGAUGAAGGCAUAGACAUCGACGGGUUGUGGAUUGACAUGAAUGAAGCUGCCAAUUUCUGCAACUUCCCUUGUACGGAUCCUGCUGAAUAUGCAGAGGAGAACAAUUUCCCUCCUGAGCGAUUACCUGCCCGAUCCAGUAACCCUAGACCGCUGCCGGGAUUUCCCCUCGAGUUCCAACCCAAUGCUACUGCAAGACGUAUCAAGCGGCAAGAACAGUCGGGGUCAAUGAUGGGACUGCAGGGUCGUGAUCUUCUCGACCCACCAUAUGCCAUCAGAAAUGGCGCCGGCAGCUUGUCCAACAAGACUAUUCAUACGGACGUCAUUCACCAAAAUGGCCUUGUUGAAUACGAUGUUCAUAACCUCUACGGCACCAUGAUGUCAACCGCUUCCCGCGAGGCGAUGCUGGUGCGACGCCCAGGGAUCCGCCCGCUAGUCAUCACUCGGUCUACCUUUGCUGGUGCAGGCAAGGAAGUUGGCCACUGGCUGGGUGACAACCUUUCUUUUUGGGACAAGUACCGAGUCUCCAUUAGUCAGAUGAUGGAUUUUUCGGCACUAUUUCAGAUGCCCAUGGUGGGAUCGGAUGUUUGCGGCUUCGGGGCAAACACUACGGAAACACUGUGUUCGCGUUGGGCGAGUCUUGGGGCGUUCUAUCCUUUCUAUCGCAACCACAAUGGAGACACCAGUAUUUCCCAGGAAUUCUAUCUUUGGGAGUCAGUGACACAAUCUGCCAUCAAAGCGAUCGAUACGCGAUUCAAGAUGUUGGACUACUUUUACACUGCCUUCCACAAGCAGACUGUUGACGGCACUCCUUCCCUGUGCCCAAUGUGGUUUGUCUACCCUACCGACACCCAAGCAUUGGAUAUAGAUCUACAAUUCUUCUGGGGCGACUCUGUCUUGGUGUCUCCAGUGACGGAGGAGAAUGUGACUACGGUGGAUAUCUAUCUGCCGGACGACAUUUUCUACGACUACAACAAUAACUUCAGCAUUGUUCGAGGCAAUGGCAGCACCAUCACCCUGUCAGAUAUUGACUACCAAACAAUCCCGAUCCACAUUCGAGGAGGCUCCAUCCUUCCCCUACGUGUCGAGAGCGCUAACACGACGACAGAACUCCGCAAGAAGGGGUUUAACAUUGUGAUAGCUCCUGGUUUGGAUGGAAGCGCAAGCGGAUCUCUUUACCUUGAUGAUGGAGAAUCUAUUGAGCAACCAAAUACCUCACUGAUCGAUUUCACCUUUGCUAACGGGCAAUUCGCGAUGACUGGAUCCUACGGCUACGAUGCUGGUGUCAACGUGGAAGCCAUCACUAUUCUGGGCCAGACUGGGGAGCCUGCAGUCGUUACCAUCCCGGGAUCCAGCAAUCCUCAAUACACAUACGAUUCCGGGGUUGUGGUGAUCAAUGCCAGCGUGCCAUUGACGGGUGAUGCGCAGAUCAGUGUCGAUUAA